AUGAAACUCGGUGUAGCGGAAGCGUCGCGAGCAGAAAAUUUUUGCAAGAAAGAACAAAUUCCCAAUGGUGCUGCUUUUAUCGGAUCAGAUGUGGCAAGGAAGAAAAUGAGCGAAUCGGGAUCAUUGGGAACCAGCUCGACGAGCUCCGAUGUUGCUACUGAUCCCUUCAGUCAACUAUUGGCCUCAGUUGCUCGCCCAAUACCCAGUUCACUUACAGGUGAAUUUUUCAAAAAGAAUUGA